CAUGAACAUUAAAACUAGUUACGUGUAAAUGAUUAUUAAUAUUUGCAUAAAUACAUAGAUAAAGACUACAAACCCAAUUAUCAGUCUAUUAUAUUGUUUUUAAAUUUGUUAGUGAGGUAUUUGGUGAUACCUACAUACAAAUUUGUAUCACCGAUAUAGACUAUGACCUAUUAUUAAUUUGUUUCAUUAUGAUUUUUUUGGGUAUUGUUAUUUUCGGCAUAUUUCUCGUUGGCACAAUUGCCAUUCAAGACGAUUCGGUGGCAGUAGUUGAAGUUUUUAGACAUGGACACAGAACACCCAUUGUAUUUUAUAAAACUGAUCCAUAUGCCGACAAAUCAUUUUGGAGCGGACUAGAUUUAGGUCAAUUAACUAAUCAAGGAAAGCGUGAAAUGUAUGACCUGGGACAGUUAACUGCUCAAAGAUACCGCCAAUUCUUACCACAACCCUAUGAUAAAAAUAACUUUUACGCUCGUUGUACAGAUAUGGAUAGAACACUUAUGUCAGGACAGUGUUUUCUUUACGGCCUCUUUCGAUCUUCGAGUCAACAAGUUUGGCUCAAAGAUUCAGAUUGGCAGCCUGUUCCACUUCAUCCUGCUGAUCCAAAAGUGUUCCUUGGAUUUCCCUUUCCUUGUCCUGCUUAUGAUAAUUAUCACGCAAACGCCUUCAAAACCGAAGCGUUUCAGAAACUUGACAAGGAAAAUAAGGAUAUUCUGGAAUACGUGUCUAAACACACUGGUGAUAAUUAUACAACUUUAUUUAGUACUUGGCUACUUUAUGACUGUUUGAGAGUUGAACUUGAGGCUGGUUAUAAAUUGCCUGAUUGGGUACCGCCUGUUUAUGAGAAACUGCAAGAUAUAAUUGGACUUUUAUAUCAAACUACGACAGGCACUACACAGGCUAAGAGAUUAUAUACUGGUACUUUCCUAAACUACGUAGUGGACUAUUUUGAAAAGAUGGCGUCCAACUCAUCAUACUCUCAAAAAUUCCAAGUUUUCAGCGGCCAUGACACUGACACUAACAUAGCAGCAAUUUUAAAUAGUUUUGGAGCUUUUGAUCCUCCCUAUCCACCUGCUUUUGCCAGUUCGAUUUGGAUAGAAUUGAAACGAAAUAAAGGAAGAUAUUAUGUUAAUGUUUGGAGUAAGGACGGAAGUAAUUUAAGACAGAUCAAGGUUAACGGAUGUGCUCGUAAUUGCCCACUACAUGCAUUUAGAAAGAAACUGAGCGAUAUUUUGUUAGAUCCAGAUACUUUAACCCAAGAGUGUAGUGACAUCUCGUAGCAUUACUACUGAUGCAAUAUUAUUUUCUGGUUAAUAACAGCUGACUAAAAGAGUUUAUUUAUUUUUAUAUUUUAUUUUUAAAAUCACUUUGUAUUAUAGUAUUUUUUUAUAAAUUUGUGUAACGCUAGAAGCCAAUUUUAUUUCUUAAAUUAUUAUAAAAUAAAUUUUAUAAAUAAACAAAAUAAUAAUUAAUUUCUAUAUAUUAUACAUUUU